AUGGCGUAUUUCCUAAAGGGACAGAUGUACUACGAAGAGGUGGGGUGGUAUGAGGAAGCAUUAAUACAAUUUGAAAGAAUCAAGGAUACGGAUUUUCAAGCUAUGUAUCAGCUUGGUGUGAUGCAUUACGAUGGACUAGGCACGAAAGAAGACCCGGAAAAGGGAGUGGAAUACAUGAAGAAAAUAAUCAACUCUGAUUCUCUAGAUGCAAAACACUUGAAGUUUGCAGCUGCCUACAAUCUUGGUAGAGCUUAUUAUGAAGGAUGUGGUGUUAAGCAGUCAACUGAAGAGGCUGAAAGACUGUGGCUUAUUGCUGCCGAUGAUGGGAAUCCAAAAGCAAGUGUAAAGGCCCAGAGUACUUUAGGGCUGCUUUACUCUCUGUCAGCUCUAAAAGAUGUGGAAAAGGCCUUUUUCUGGCACUCGGAGGCAUGUCUCAAUGGAAAUCUGGAAUCCCAAGGAGCACUGGGUGUCAUGUAUCUCUAUGGACAAGGUGUCCGUCAAAACAUUCAGGCAGGCUUGGAGUGUUUGAAGAAAGCAGCAGAACGUGGAAACGUCUAUGCUCAAGGCCAUCUUGUGGAAUAUUAUUACAACAGAAAAUUCUACUCAACAGCUGUUUCAGUAGCCAAAAGGAUUCCAGAAAAUGUUAACAUUGCUGUAGUAGCAAAGAUAACUGAUUGUCUUCCCACGUACGUAGCCAAAGGGGCAGCUAUGGCUGCUUUCUACUUUGCUAGAUGUCUCCAGCUUGGCCUAGGCAUACAACAAGAUGAAGCUGCUGCUAAAAAAUACUAUUCUAGGGCAUGCCUUCUGGAUCCUGCUGUCGCUUCUGACCUUGAACUGAAAGCUAAUCUUGGGAAAAUUUAG